AUGAUUGCAGGUGAGGAUUUCGUCAUGGAUCUUUGUGGGGUUGUCGACAUUCUACAUCCUUUGAUCGAGAUGUUUGUGGAAUUACAAAGUCUGAGUGCCCCUUCUUGGAAAGUGGUUACCUGGUCGGCGAAGAUUAAAGAGCACAUGGAGCAGAUGCAGGCCAAUUUCUCCCUUACUGCCCCUACUUCCAUGUUCCCCAUCCUAGAAGCCAACAUUGACGACAUUCAGUCAGGUGAGUACAAAGGAAUCCGUCUAGUGCCUGGGUGGAUGGUCGUUUCAACUGAGAAAGACGUAGAUGAAACUGGUAAGACAACUGUCACUGAAAAUUGGAACCAACGAGAGGCGUCGAGAUUGACUUGAAAACAUUCCUGAAGGACAUCCUGACUUUGCUUGAGAGAAGAAUGAACAAAUGUACGAAAGAGAUGCAGAACAUUUUGACCUGCAUGGAUCUGGACACGUUGUUUUCGCUGUUUUGUGGAGAGCGGCUCGGUAACAGAAAGCCGAAAUUGGACCAUGGCAAAGGAUCUCUUCAAUCACAUGCUGUAGAGGAUUUUGAAAGAUUUUUCAGGUAUAAAACCUUCCUAUUUUCAACAUACUGAUAUUUAUUAUACACUUACUAUUGUGCAUUUAAAACAUGCAGUACAAAUCAAAUUUUUGAGAAUAAUAGUCUUCAACAUAACUCCGCUGCUUAACUUCAAAACUCUGAUGAUAAUUUUUCUAAAAUACGUCUUCAAAUUCCUUAUCUUGUCAACUCAUCAUUUAUUUUUCAGAUACAUAUGCUCUCUUCGACAUGUCCGCCAGCUUACUGGUCUUAGAUCCAAUGACGACGAGGAAGUUUGUUUCAAACCCGGUCUUGGAGCAAUAACAUUCCACAAAUUGAAGCAAGCGUUAAAGAAAGCGCUGUGGAGUACUUCAGGGCAAUACUUGAUGUCGUGGUUUUUGUUACUGAAAUCGUAUGGUUGCCUAAAGAAACUUACGCUGGCUGAAACAGGUAUCGGUAAUGUGUUUGCUAACACCUACGAGUUGACGAUGGAACGUAACCAGCAGCCGAUCAAGGCAAAAUUAAACGAGGAAGCAGUAUACAAGAGCAUUUACACAGACGAGACUGUAUAACGCUAUUGGAGUCGAAGGUUGUGUGGCGAUAGACAUUGCAUUGGCUAAAGGAGGAACAGAGGCUGUUGUCGAGUCCUAUUACAGCGUCAUGACCUCUCAACAGAAAUCUGGCAAUCAGUUGAAUGAAACAUUGGCAUUAAGGUAUAAUGGUCACAAUUGAGAGUUCAGUAGACUACAGUAUGUAUUUUAUGUUGUUGUCGUGCUGUUGUUUAAGUUGCAAACUGAUGAUGAUUCAUGAUGUUCAGAAAUAUAAAACAAAUUUAAAUUAAGUAUCCCUUUCUCUAUAUUUCGCUUCCAGGACCAAGAUUGACUGGUGCAUGCCUCCAAUUUUGCAAGCUAAUCGUGCCAUCAAAGACGUUGCUGAAAUGUAUUUGAAUGGAAACAAGAAAGCAUCGCUACCAAAGCACUCUUUGCCUAUUUUAGGAGACCGUGCGAAAUUUUCACGUGAAGGAAAAGUAAUGAAGAGGCACCGGACCGAGGACGUUAGAUUGCCAUAUUUAUUGUAACUGGGUUAAGAUAUCCGUUGGUCAUUUCUGAUAAUAUCAUAUCAUUAUUAUGUAGAAAUAAAGAACACAAAUAAUUAGAACAUUAACAAGUGUAGAAUUGUAGAUGCUCUAUUUUCAAAAUGGGAUCAAGCUGUGCGGUUUGUUUCCCUUUGAGCACACCACAAUAAAACACUCGUUUGAAAACCUGUUAGGUUAAGGAAUUUUAACUAAGAUAACCCUGCCUCGUCCCCAGAAAUUCAUUUCUGGGGACAACCCCCCCCCCCCCGCGCAAGCACAACGACAACCGGCAUGUAGCCAACUGGUGCACAAUUAUUCGCAUAAAAUAUACUGGCGCAAAUAUUCGGCGUGACAAAUACGAACUUUCCAGUAUGGACACUGAUUUGCUGAAUUUUAAUUGAAUUGAAUAUUGCAACAAUUGGCUUGCCAUAUAUGGGUUGCCUGAUAGAUAUAUAAUUCCUGAAUAAAGUAGACAAAUAAAAUAGAUGAAUAGCGGAAUAAAAUAGUUGAAUAGCAGAAUAAAAUAGUUGAAUGUGGAAUAAAAUAGUUGAAUGGCUGAAUAAAAUAGUUGAAUAGCUGAAUAAUUAAUGGUGGUUGAAUAAUGUAUAUAACAGUUGAAUUAUACACUGACUAGCUGAAUUUUAAUUGAAUUGAAUGUUGCAACAAUCGGCUUGCCAUAUAUGGGUUGCCUGAUAGAUAUAUAAUUCCUCAAAUCAUGAUUUUUGAAGUUAAUUUGAUACACAUUUUCAAUUGCAUGGAUUAUUGGGUCAUAUUGAUCUGCUAUUUAGCCUUAAUAUUGUAGCCACUUUCAGGAAAGGAAGUGCAAACAAUCGCAUAGAAUAGCAAUUCUUCUUCAACUAAUGGGCAACCACUUCUAAAUAGCAAGGAAGCUGAAUGACUGUAGGGGUAUGGAUAGCUUUUCAUGGGCUCUGCUCAGUUUGUAUGUUGUAACUUAUGACAAGCCAUUGCAAGUGAAUUUAACAAAGGCCAGUAAACAAAAUUGACAAAAAUAUACAUCAUAAAGUUGCACAUUUCAGGUUGGAAUUUGGUACUAUUUCAACUGUCAAUUCGACAUCGAACUUUGAAAGGUUCAAAACCUAUCUGUCUCAUGUUUGCUCACUCCAUAAUUUUGUCUAUGCAAAGGUUUUCAUCAUAACUUCAUAACAAAUUAUAAUUUAAGUUUUGGAAAUCAUUGGUUUUUAUCAGGAAGCAGUGCACGUUAACACUCUCUAACAACAUUUCAACAGUCAUUUUUAAACAUCAAAUUAAACAAGAGUACAGAAAUAAAAUAACACCCGAAAUAAAGUUUUUCAUUACUUAAAUCUUAUGUUUAAGUUUCUUAUAAUAGCUAAACAUAACAAAAACAUACAAAUUUUACACAAGUAAUAUUUUAUAAAGCAAUAGUUUCAGCAUACCUUCUGAUGGGUCAUAUAUGCAUCGCCAUAUUUGUUUACAAUUAGAACAUCUUACCCCCCACAAAGCCCACAUCACAGAUGGUUCCAAGACUUGCAUUGCCAUUUCCACGCCCUCUCUCCCUUCGCCCUGCUUUUUACCGUGGUAGCAGUUCUGUGUGUUACUACGACAUGUGAUUAACAUAUAUAGUUAUUGGUUAUUCUUAAUAGAUCCAUUUAUUUAUUUAUUUUAUUCUUUAUUUAUUCAUUUUGUCACACACAUAAAAGAUAUGCCAAGUUUAUGGGCCUAUAUAGUUCAGAGUCAUCCGCAAAUAAUGCAAUACUCAAGCCCUGUCCUAUGUAUUCUGGCAUGUCGUUAAUGUAUACUAGGAACAGGAGGGGUCCUGAGAUAGAUCCCUGUGGGACUCUAGAGGUCACAGGGAGCAAGUCUGAGAGGGUCCCGUCUAACCACUGAAGAAGUGAGCGUGUUUGCUCAAGCUUGUUUGCUCGAUGCCUUAUUGCUCAAGCUUGUUCAGAAGCGUGUGAUGUUUAACUCGAUCAAAGGCCUUGGACAGGUCUAGGUGGAUGGCAUCAACAUCUCUCCCACCAGCUAAAUUAUCUAGGAUUUCUUGGUAGACGUGGAGGAGUUGAGUUCCAUAGAUUUACCCCUUAAGAAACAUGCUGUUGAUGGUAGUAACAUGGUGAUAGAUGGGGAUAGCAGUGGUUAUAUACACAGCAUUCAAACGUUUUUGAGAUGAAAGAUAAUAGGGAAAUGGGGUCUGUAGUUAUAGAAGCUAUCAUUGGAUCAUCUUUUUUGAACACAUGUGUAACAAUUGCGAGCUUCCAACAAACAUGAACUACACCCUAAGACAAAGAAAGAUUAUAUAUAUGACAGGGGGAUGGUAUGAUUGUGUUCGCCGUUAUUUUGACAAGUUUUCCAGGUAUCCCAUCAGGUCCGCAUGCUUUGCUUGGAUCCAAACCGUCAAGAGCUUUAAAGACUUUGUGUUCUGUUAGUUGGAUAAGGCUGUGUUGGAAGACAAUGGGAAACUUAAAGAUGUUGUAGUGGUAGGUCGGACAUUCAAAAAAGGGGCGGAAAAAAUUUUCCGAACAUAAACCAAUUAAAUUAAGGGUCAAAAAAUUUUUCCAACAAAUUCCUGUUAAAACAUGCAUGAAACCUUUAUUUUUUUAACAAUAUCUGUAAAAUUUAGGCUUAUGAAUUCCAUUCAAUUCCCUCUGGAAGCUACUUAACUCUACAUUCUAUCAUUUAAAUUCUUUCAUUGCCCUAACAAUCCAGAUGAUUUGCCCUGCCAAUCCCCCUACACCCCCCUCAAGUUUCAUCCCCUGUUUCUGUCGCAUCGAUGGAUGGAAAAGUCUAAACCAGGCAAGAUCUCACAGUCCAAUAUACGAUGUUUUAACCAAGUGUGCCAGUGACAGUGAUUAGGUCCAGGUCUGUGAUGCGAGAUUGAAAUUCUGUUGAUUUGUUUACUAAGCUUUGCACGUUCAUAUAUAUAGAUACUUGAUUUCCAGACAGAAAGAGUGUGGAGUUUGUUUUCGGGUAGAGGUACUUGCGCUGUGAGAUACAGGACCUGAAUGUGGAUGUAUGUCUCCACUACAUAUAGCAGUUACCAUUAUUGGGUUGAAAGAAACAGAGCAGUUAAGAUAGUAGUUUAGUCUCCUUUUCAUAAAACCUUUCAGACGAUAGAACACAGUUGAGGGAGAUGAGUUCAUUCUAGAGUGCCAAAAUUUAAAAUCCAUCAGUACUUUUGUUAAAGAAGGUGAGGUUUCAGUACCAUUGAUGUUAUAUUUAGCACUUUGUAUGGAGAUAAGUAGAAGAAACAGGAGCUGGUGAAGCAGGCAACCAACCACCAUGAUUUACAAAUGUCUCGGAUUUCAAAGGUCAAAUGAAAAGUUCAAACGAGGACAAGUAUUCUGUUCUUUUCUAAAACAUGUAAUUAGUUGUAGCCAAAAUCACGAAUUAAUUUUCUGAAAAAAUAGUUAAUCAAAUCCCCAGAAAAGGGGAAAGAUUAGUGCUGAAAUCCCAAUAUUUGCCCUUUCAUGGAACAAAUUGAAUGGAAAACAGCAAAUGUAAGGCAUUUUCCCAACCUUAUCUUCGCCUUUGUCAAUUUGGCAGGGAUUUUUCAUCUUUUUUUAUUCAUUUCUAAACGAAACAAAAGUUUAAUAGUAGAGAUAAAAAUUAUUUUGUUUUUUGAGCAGAAAGGUGGGUAGAAACUUUAGAAAUCGUUCUACAAAGUUUGCAUUAUUUUUAACCUAAUUUCUGUAAUUUGGACGGGUUGCAAUUGGUGUCACUACCUUAGUAUCUCUAGAAGCCAAACGGUUACGUCGUUUGGUGAGAUAAGUACUACAAAUAAUAUAAUAUAUUGUUUUAAACCCACUGCAAAAAAUUGAACCUUCGACUAAAUAUAGCAAACUAAUACUGCCAAAUGUGACAGGGGACAUUUUUAUAGGACACCCUGUAUAGUAAGUAAAUGUUUCCAAUGCGUAUAGAUGAAUUGUUUGGAUGAAAUCAGAAUGACUAUGUUUAUUGCACAUUAUACAAACAUACUGAGCUAUAUAAAGUAUAAAUUCUACUCUGUAACUAGUUUCGCUAUUUUAUCUCACAUAUAGGAACUCCUAGAAACAUGUCUAAAUUCGACCAGCGGAAACUGUUUUUAUACUUUGUUAAUAUUUCAAAUUGACAUUGCUAAGUUUCAGUUUACAAACACUUUAAAUUUCAAAGUGCAUGUGUGAUCCUGGCCGCGAAAUACAUGAGGUUUGCUAAAUACUGCCGAGUUCGUCGAAACAAUUUUUAAGUCCAUAAGAUGUUACUAAUAUAGUAUCCUUAAGUGUUUCUAUAAUAAACAUCGCUAAAUCUAAAUGGCCAAUACACAAAAUCAUUGUUCCUGCUUAUUACUAAAUGGUGACAAGGUCAAAUACGAAACGAUUUUUGGUGCUUUAAUUUAUAUAUAAAUAAAUAAUGCAUACAGUGCAAGCAUCACCUUUGAAACUGGAGUCUAUAUAUACUGUAUCACCGAGACCGCUUUUUGAUUGAUUUUUUACAUUCACACAUUUUAGAUUCAAGCUUUAUUAUCGCUGAAUGCUAAAACUGGAGUAAUACGGGAAACAAAAUUCAUGCAUGUUAAUUGAAAACUUUAUACACAUAAAUUAAAAAUCACACAAGGCAAAAUAUGUCAACAUUUCUACUAACAUGUGUUGAAAUCAGAUUUUGUUGCAAGUUGCAGAAUUUUGUUGCCCAUAUUACUCGCAGACUCCUAACUUUGCUAAUUGCGCACUGAAUAUAAUUUUAUUGCCAAAACUUGCACACAAAUUUUUCAUGGAAGGGCCAUAAUGUACACUCAGGCCAGUUCCUGCUUUGGUGUAGAAGACGUCAAAUACAAUGCAGAACUCUCUUCCAACAGCUCAAUAAAAGGCUGGGUUGUAGUAGAGCAUCUGAAUAAUUUCCUCCUCUUGCAGAACAGCUGUAAAUGAAUGUCUGUCAGACAAACUGACUUGGAAUUUGUCAAGUAGAUCAAAUCCAUUAUUCUUUGGCAUGAACUUGGUAAUUUCUUUACCAGAUGGAAUA